AUGGCCCAUCAGCACGUUCAACUAAAUAACAAUAAUAAUGUCAACGGAAAUGUCAAUAAUAAUAAUAACAAUAACAAUAAUAUUAACAACGUCAAUGUUAAUGGGAACGUCAACGAUGUGAAUGUUAAUGUCAACAGCAAUAUCAACAAUAUAAACCAGCACGAGUUCCUUCCGCUGUGCGAUGUUCUUUUUAACAUAAUUUCCCUCGCUUCAUAUUUUUGUGAUGUUGUCUUCGACCUGGCGAUGGGGUACGCCCUCGCCAAUCAUCCUACGGCUCCAGCUGUUUUGUUUCCGAUAAGCAUUGUUUUGGUUGUUACUUCUUUGAUUAUUUCUCAGGUCGUGAGUAUAAGAUGGUACCUGUGGGGAGCUCGGGGGAAGCUGAACCCGACCGAGAGCUUGCCGGAGAAGAACCGGGUCAGAAACUGGAUACUCUGGUGCGUCGUUUUUCUCCAUACGAGUCAGAUCGGAGUACUGUGGCGGUACUUCAAAUUGUUUAUUCCAGUUGACUUGACUUAUGUUAAGCACGAGGUCCGUGAAUUGUGCGUUUUGCGACUAAUCCACGCAUUCUGCGAAGCAGCACCAAUGCUUCUUCUGCAGCUGUACUUACUAUCAACCUCCUUAACCUCCAAAGACCGUGACCGUGAGGACACAAAGCUCUCCGAAUUAACGGCAGUAUCAGCAGGUCUAUCUUUAUGGAGCGUUUGCUGGGCAGUAGCAAGCUUCAGCAAGGGCGCAGCUCGCCUGAGGAACCUGGAGCGACUGGUCCUGACCUGGUUGGGAGUCCUGGCACAACUGGCCUGGCGAUUGGGGACCGUCAGUGCUAGAGUAGGAGCUCUAGUAGCUUACGCUUCGCUCUACGGAGGCUCCUGGUUGCUGGUAGUCCUGGGGCUUCACUGGCUGUCGAUGCUGACCUGGCUGCUGCUGACUCCUGAUGGACUCUUCCACGGAGGGGAAAGACUCACUCUAGCCAGGAAGACCUUCCUCGCUUGCUUGCUGGCGUUCGUCUAUGUCUUCGCUUAUGUUAACCUCCACGAGACUAAUCACCGCCAGAAAAUGAUCAUCUUCUACACGGUGAUGUUCCUGGAGAACUGCUUGCUAAUUAGUGUCUGGGCAGUUGGAGCUUCGGCUGAAAUUGGACGGCAAGUCCAGAUUGGUGCUGCCAAUCCGGACCAAGUACAAAUCAGGCCUGUCACGCUGGUUCUGGUUCUGAUGGCGCUCUUUUUCGGAGGACUCUUCUUUAUGGGACUCUACUACAGGUUCUUUCAUGUUAGAAGGCUUGGGUAUGAAGCCGGUGGUAGGAUGAAUGCCAAUGGCAUGCCUCAAGAUGUUGACAAGCAUCUUCAGUAUAAUAAUUAUGUCAAUGAAGUCCAGGUUCGACCUCUGCACGAGGAAGAGGAGGAGAAAGAGCAGGCUAAGAUCCAAAUUGGGACUCUGAAUGUCCAUUUGAUCCGCGAAAAGCUCAGGGAGAAGAAGCAGCAGCAGCUCAGAGAGCUCAGAGCUAUUCAGGAGGAAAUUAAAGAGGGGAAAUUGGUCCCUCCUGGAGAGACCAGUGAGACUGCCAUCACUGGAAACCCUCCGCCUCAAAAGAAACUCCAGCCUACCGCGAAUACGCUGCAAUUCGCGGGCUUAGGUUCUGGAGCGCUGAGUCCUACAGGUUCUGGCUCCAAUGUUCCAGGGCUGGAAAAUGUUCCCAGUCAAUGGCCGCCGAUUAAAAUGCACUGUUUAGUACCCCCAGCGCCGCCUAAUUACCACGUGAUAGGCAACGACUGGAAGCGAGAGCGUCCGGAAACUCCUGAGAUUCUUCUCGCGCCAAGAUGUCUUCCUCAUCACUAUCCUUACUGGACUUCUAAUCACAGCGACUUAGAAGGUAGUCAGGUGUCUUUACCCCGUAGUUACACGUUACCACGUGAAUUCAAGUAUCAUUCUGGCAACCCGUCACGUGAGCGACGCGACGUCGACAGCGCGGAUAACGAAGACGAAACCGACACAGAGCUGCGAGACGGUAUCGAAGGAGGAAAACAGUACAUAUUUCCAGAUCGUCAGAUGUCUCAGAGCCAAAUCGAGGAUUGUCUGCCUUCAGAGGGUCUCAAUAGCCCUUCUGGAGUUAUCAGCUCAAUUGACGAUAACUUUGAUUGUUACUUAAACAAUUCCUACGGCUCGCGCGUUAAUCAGCUGUUAAAAGCUAAAGUUAAACACGAGACUAAAUUAUAA